UAAUUUUCACGAGCCCCGUCGCCGCCGGUUAUUAUGCUGAUAGCGAGAGGCUUACCGAGUUAUUAAAAUAAACCUCCAAUUUUAAAAAACGAAACCUACUAAAAUUUGGUACAUUUAAUAAAAUAAACACGGCUAAGCCGAUUUUUUUAUGAGCCGGUAAAAACUCGGCGUAAAGUCGAUUAGCCGCCCCCGCCGACCAAUUUUACCCAUUCAACCGCCGCCGAAAAUAAGUGAUCAGCUUGCUUCUCUGGUUCUCUACUCUCCCCUUUUUUGUAGACAAAUCUCAUUGUUUUUUAAAUUUUCUUUUCUGUUCAACUUUCUUAUUUUUUUGCAAAAAGUAAACUAGUACAAAUAAAAUUUAUUGUUUACUCCUAUUAAAUAAAAAACACUACCAUCACGAAUAUAUGCAAAGUUUAUUAAUAAAUUAUAUAAAAUUUGGAAAAAUUUGUUAAUGAAGUUUAUACAUAACAUAAAAAAACCAAAAAAAAACAAUUGCAAAUUUCUAUUUUGAACUUUAUAAAAAAUUCGGUAUUUACUUGUUGUGAGUUUUACUUGCUAACUAUACAUUAUAUACAUAAUCAAUUAUAUUGUUAUUUUUAUGUCAAAAAUAUUUGUGUGUCGUAAUGAAAUUUUACAAAGGAGGCGUGGAAUGGCCAUCUACAAAAAAAUAUAUUUUUUUGUUACAAGUUUUUUGUUUUAACUUGUUUGUGCGUUUUAUAGACGAGAGUGUUCUACUUUUUUAUGUCAUUUUUUUGGAGAAAAACAAAUACAUAAACAAAAAAUUAAAGCUUAUAUAUUAUUGCAUCAUAUUUUUGAGUCAUUGUUAAUUGUGUUUUCGGUGUGUAAAGAGUAAAUAAAAGAAGGAUUGCAAAUCUAAAAUAUAGCGUGUCCAUAGAAAUAUUAUGUGCAAAAACUUUAAAAAUUAGUUAAAAGCCUACAAUUACAAAAGUCCAUAAACUAAAAAUUUCUUGGAAGUUUUUAAAAACAGUGCGUCGCAUUAAAAAAUUGUGUGCAAAUACCUGAAAAGAUUUUGGUCGUGUGUUAAUUGUAGCAGAAAAAAGUUAAUUAUAUUGUCUACAUAAAGAAUUCCAACCUAAAUUUUUUUGGAGGUCCAAAAAACACCGGCCGGCAUUAAAAUAUUGUGUGCAAAUAUAUACCUACGUACCGAACAAAAUUAAAUAAAUCUAAAAACUAGUGCUUGACGUGUGAAAAUUGAAUCAGAUAAACAAUAACAUCGUCUACAAAUAUCUAAAGACCAUUGCCGCCUGCACCAAAUAAUUGUGUUCAAAUACUUAACAAAAGUAUAGAAAUACUUAACAAAAGUGUUAAUAUUGUGUUCAAAUAUUUGAAGAUCAUAACCUAAAAAUUUAUUGGAAGUGCAAAAACAAGCUUGCCGUGUGGAAAAUACAUUGGAAGUAAAUAUCUUAAGGCGAAACAACAGCAAUUAUAAUAGUGUCUGCAAAUACAAGCACCCAACAUUUUCGAUUUGUAAUGCAUUAUUUACAAAUAGCAAAACGUACGUAUUAGCUUUAUUAAUACGUUAAUUCAAUAUUAAGUAUAAGUACGUACGGUGACAUCCUACACAGCUAUAAUAAACGCAUUAUUGGGUACACAAUAAGGUUCAAUAUUACAGUAAAUGAUGAAAUGUCACCAAUUUCCAUUCAAAGAAAAAGAAAAAAUUGAAAUAGAAAUACAGAGAAAACCUUUUACUAUUAUUAAAAUAAUCAAACGAGAAUAUUUAAUGGCACAACAUGCAAAUCUACAAAAUAAAUUUUCUUUUAUUUUGAAAGAAUUCAAUUAUAGUGAAUAAAAAUGAAAAGUAAUAAUAUUUUAAACAAAACUAGAAAAUCAAUAAAUAUGAAAAUGAAAAAUUUUAAAACUAUACUUGUUGAAAAUGCUUAUAAAACAAAAACUUAACAAAAAUUGUGAAAGGUCAGAGUUGUGUUUAGAUUUAAAUUAUUUCAGUUCAAAUUUACAAUUUUAUUCAAAAUUUAAAGAUAAAAUAAAAAUCAGACAAAAUUAUCAUAAUUUAAGAACGUGAUAUAUUUAAUUGACAUUCGAUUACGUGUCUCAUGAAAUAGUGGUGAAAAUUCAAGUAAACUACGUGCUGUCGUAUAACGAUUUGUAAUCUGAAAUUACACAAAUAAAAAAAAGGAAAACUAAAUUUUAUCUAACGUCUAACAACCAACACCACAAAAUCAAACCAACAAAAUAAGAAUGUAUGUGUGUAUAUUAACAUCUUUGUUUAACACAUAGUUAACGUAACGGAAACGCAAACGUGCUUAAAGUUUAGACCAAGGCAUGAGUGUGAAUGUCUGUGUAACAUAAAAGUUUUGAAAUAAAAUUUGACUACCAAACCAACAAGCAACGAAACCAGAGUAAUUCUUUAGUGAAAAUACAAAACAACAAAUAUCAUGACAUUAAAGUGAAAUUGUUGUCAACUUGCAGCAAGUGUAGCAACGCACAAUAAAAACACACCACUAAAAAAAUCAAAAAUCAUUUAAAAAUACUUCUAUUGUAAACUAAAAAUCUAACGUUCUUUUCGGUAACUUUUUGGUUGUCCGUUACCUUUUUUUUCAAUUUAUUUUGCAUUUAGUGUUAUUUUGGCAUCUAAAUCGAAUUUUACCUAGUUCUUGACAUCCAAAUGUACCAUAAAAGUGCGAGUAUUUUAACCAAAACGUGACACAUGGCUAUGUACUAUUAUGCUAGUAAAAUAUCAGCCAUUGCUUGUGGUACACGUUGUAGACAAACAGUUUUACAAAAAUCUCGCGGUCAACGUGAUCGUGAUAAAAAUCAUCAUCACAAUCAUACGCAGCAACUCCACCAUCAUCAUCCACACCAUAACAAUCGCCAUCAUGCCGGUUCGUAUGGUACCGAUUGUACAACGGAUACCGAUGAUGAAUUGGAAUCUGAUGGCAUUUGCAUUCGCUUGCAAACGCGUAGCGAUAACAAUGAAUUUAAUGGCAGUGACAGUGGAAUGGCUUCGGAUGGCCGCAUUUAUGUUACUAAUACAAAUGAUAAUGGCACGACGGAAACAUCGGUGUCCACACUGGUGGCUGCUGCAAAUGGUACGACAAACAUUAGCAGUGGCAUUAACAACAAUACGGAUGGCAUCCGGUAUAGAAGGCGUUAUAGUGAACAAUUGGAUGCAUACGAUAUUGAGCUUGGGUUUCAAAAGUUUGAGGUUUCCUCUACAAACACAACCAAAAAUUCUAUCAAUGGUUACAGUUUGGGUUACACAAAUCUGGCCAAUAGUGAUUUAGUACAGUAUGAUGUACCCAAGAAUACCCACAAACGUAGUCAAUGUGAUGUCAAUUUUGAGAGUUCUGUGCUAGGUUCCGGUGGAAUAAUGUAUAUAAAUGGUAGAAUAGUUUCUGGCCCAUUGGAAUCUCUAGUUGAUGUGUUAGUGCCAAAAAAUAUAAUAGAUUUGGAUAAGGAAUUUAUUUUUUCAUUUUUACUAUCAUCACGUUUAUAUUUACGACCCCAUGAAUUGUUGGGUAAACUAUUAUCCUCAGUACCUGAUAGUGAAUCAUUAGAAUCAUUGGUAGCAUUAUUAGCUGAAUGGACAAAUAAAUUUCCCUAUGAUUAUCGCGAUGAACGUAUGAUGAGCCAUGUUAAACAUAUCGUUGCCAGAUGUUCUAAUACACGUUUAGAAGCCAUUGUUUCGGAAAUAUUGAGUGCCUUGUUAAAACGUUUGACUGAUUUGGAAAGACACGAAGAAGAAUUACGCUCCUGUCAAACAUCAAAUAAUGUAGCAGUAACAGCCACAAUAGCAACAUCAGCGGCAGCAGCCACAACAACGGAAAAGUGUGAUGUUAAACUAUUUGAAUGCCCUACAUCUACACAAUAUGCACAAAUUCUGUGCCGCAUAGAAAAAAAGUUAGCCAAACACAUUGGACCGGAAGAGUUCGUACAGUGCAGUAGUAAUGUUUUAUUAGAUAAACAGAAAAAAUGGGACCAACCAUCAUCCUCGGGUGGACCACCAGGCGUACAAGAUCCCAAAAAGACAUGUAAUUUGGAAACAUAUCUAGAUUGGUCAGCACGUCUACGUUUAUUUGUAUGCAACGAAAUACUGCAGUGUGGUGGCAUACAAGAGCGCAGCAGAUGUGUUGAACUAUGGAGUGGUGUGGCACAAUAUUGUUUGUUGGUUGGAAAUUACAAUAGUGCCACAGCUAUAUUGGAAACAUUAGAAUCACCGCCAAUAGCUCGUUUAAAAAUCACGUGGAGUAAAUUACAAGUGACAUGUCAGCAAUUGGAUUGUAUGCAACGUCAUGCCGAAGGCCAUGGAAAUUUGUGGCAUAAACAGGCAAUCGUCUUAAAUGAAAACCAUCAUCAACAACAAUUGUACGAACAGCAGAGGCAACAACAGCAACAUCAACAACAGCAGCAUCAACAAAUGCUACAACAAAAGACUGAUAUAAAUUUAGCAUUAGCAAACCAACUUAUAUUAUCGACAUCAUCAUCAACGGCAACAAACGUAACAACAUUAACAGAUACAACAACUACAACAACAGCGGAAGUGGAAGUCGAAACGGAAACAUCCUCAACAGUGUUAAGUGCGGUUUCUCAUGAAGAAUCGGGCUUGGCAACGGCAACAACAUCACCAUCAUACGGAUCAUCAAUAACAAAGGGGGCAAUAACAGCAUCAACACCAUUGUCCUCAUCACCAACACCACCACAACUACAACUACCACAAACCACAGAAGAUGUUGCACAAAAAACAUCACCCAACAUCUCUCCCAACGUCCAUCUACAGACACCAUCAACAAAUGCAUUAAAUUCUUUUACCGUCAUACCAUCAGCGCAUACCGUAACGACAGCAAAGGCUUCCUCCUCAUCCGCUAGCAAACCUAAUGAUUGGGUUGUAAUUCCGGUGUUUGCGGAUAUUGUUAAAUUAGCUCUGGCAGGACGUGAAGACUGUUUGCAACGUUUACCAAAUGGUCACAUAAAUAUUAAUGCUUUUGAUCGCAUGGCAGCCAUAGUGGGUGCUUUCACCAAACACAUGCAAUCAGUUAAAACAACAGAUACACCAACAGCCGCCGUGGCAUCUCCACCAACACCAGUUACAAUAUCAUCCGCAACAACAGCAACUGCUAUGCCAGCUUUACAGCCAUCAACAAAUUCUAUAGCUAUUGCAACACCAGCAGGUGAAUACGAAAUGUUUUGUCGCCAUAUGCAGAAAAUAACAAAACUAAGUGAAAACGGUCCGCGUUAUACAGGAAUUGAAGUCAAUAGUAAUUUGUAUGUUCGAGGUGUUGUUUGGACAUUAUUAAAAGAAAAACGUUUUCAAAUUGAAUCAUUUCAUGUGAUAAAGAUAUGGAUCCAUUACGAUAAUACCGGAGAUCUGGGAGAUUGUAUAUGAAGCCCUUCAAUCUACUUAAUUCGACAGCAAAGCCAAAUAUUCGCGGCCAUAAUGCACUGUAUAUGAGCGUCCAUCUGUAUAUUAUAUGUUAUUAGCUAAAAUGUGGCUAAAUUAUCACUUGUUUGAAACAAAAUUGUUCAAGAAAUCCCAGAUUAUGCUGCAAUUAUGGUAAUUUAUGUCCAUAUUUUCUUAUAGCAGUUAAAUAAGUGAUUGGAAAGUAUAGUCCUACUUAGUAUUGUUAGAUUCAUCUACUUUCUUUUCAACACAUUUCAUACUUAUAAGAUCAGGGUAUUUAAAAUUGGCUUGUUUUGAUGCACUAAUCUUUAUUAAACCAUUUACAAAAUUUCAACAUUUAAAAGUAUAAAGAAAACAUUUUCUUAAAAUGUAUAUACCCUCUACCGCCACUGACAGAUAGCAAGUCAUUACCUAGUUUUUUUCGAUAUGUCAAUUUUUAUUGAUAUACAAUUUUUGGAAUAUGAAGAUAUAAUAAAAUGGAAAAAAGCACAUAAGUACUGCAAAUAUAAUAUAAAAUUUAAGAAUUUAAUAUGCCAUAUAAUAUAUAAAUGAAU